UAUCAAUAUAAAUAGCUAAAUUUAUCAUUUAUAAUAUUAACUAGGGCCAGCCCAGGCUACGCCCGGGAUUUUUGUUUAAAUUUAAAUAUUGAUUAUAUAUUUAGUAUGUUUAUUUUAUUUAUAAUAUUAUAAUAUAUUAUAAAAAAUAUAAGUAGGCAAACAAUUAUAAAAUCAUUUUAAAAUAUUCACUGUUUUUGUUUUACGCAUUUCAAAAAUUUUAAUUUCUAUUUUUUUUGUUAUUAUAAAUUAUAUAUAAGGUGAUGAGUAGAAUAAAAAAAUAUAUAAUUUUUAGUUAUGAUGUUUAAUUGGUUGAACUGUAUAAAUAUUUCAUUUCACUUAAAUAUGUUUAUGAAUUUUGUUUCCAGUUAGCAUCCAAAUAGUUUAAUGGACACUCUCCUUAUUUUUAUGUUUUUUAGUUAUGAUGUUUAAUUGGUUGAACUGUAUAAAUAUUUCAUUUCACUUAAAUAUGUUUAUGAAUUUUGUUUCCAGUUAGCAUCCAAAUAGUUUAAUGGACACUCUCCUUAUUUUUAUGUUUUGUUUUUUUCUUAAAUCAGCUGUUUAAAUUUUUUUUUAUUUUUAGACAAAAAAAGCUUCAACUAAUCGGACCCAUUAUCUAAAUAUUCCUUUAUCUUACUUAUAUAAGUUUUGAUGUAAAAUAUUGUAAAAUGAAUAACCAAAUUGAUUCAACAAAUAAAUAGCGAUUGACAAAAUGAUUUAAAAAUAUAAUUGUAGAUCUUUGUAACAUUAUGUCUAAUUUGGUAGAGUGUGAAAGUUGAGUUGACAUUGAGCAUAACGCGUGGUAUGAUGUUUGGGCUGUUUACUAAUUUUCUUUGGGUCUUCGAACUAAUUGUGUUGGGUUGUAGGUAUAUGGUUUCAGAUUUUGAGUUAUUUCCGUUCCAACAGAAUUGUGAAAUCAUUAUUAGGUAGGACAUUUUUUAAUCUCCUAUUGAUUUUAAUGUUUUAUUUUAUAGGAUAUUACAAAUAAAUUGUGAACUUCGCAUUGUUAGAUAUUUUAGUUAUGUUUUUAUGAGUGUGUUCAAUAAUAAAAUGAAGGAAGUUACGAUUAGUUUUAAGUAUGAGGCAACUUUGGUUGCCUUGCGGUUAAAAGAUCAUGUAAGAUAUUUGUAUCAUUGUGUCGAGGAUUCUAAGAAUUCCCAAAGCUCUGAUUGUUGUAUGUUUUAUUUGCAUUUGGAAAUAAUGCAUAUGAUAAUAGUAUUACGCGGGAAGAGUUGAUUCCAGGAAAUGAACUUACAAAAGAAUUAAAUGCGAUGAGUUAUUUUGUUUGCUCUGGUUUAUUGUAUACAAUAUUGGUCAAUUUGAUUUAUGAAAACAGUUUAGUUUGGAGAAGAAGCGUUGAGGUGACAUAUUUGAUAAGCUGCGUGGACUUUUGAUGGUGUUGAAGUUGUUGGCUUUUUAAAACUUCCAGUCCAUAAUUGGGGAGGUUAUUGUUUUUGUGUUAUGGGUUUGCAAAAAUUAGUAAGUUUAUUUUAAUAAUUUUGUUUGUAGAAAGAGUUUGGGCCUUAUCCAGGAAAAAGAAUAAUUGCUGUCAGCUUAUUAUUAUUAGUUCUUCUUAAAAGGCCAUGUUCACCUUCAUCGUAGAAAGAGUGAUAUUUGUCAAAGAAACAUAACUUUUUCAGAUAGUAUUGUAGUGUUGUUGAUACUUUGUCUAAACAUCCAAGAUGGCAAAUGGUUUCAUAGUGGUAAGGGACCUUACCAAGUUUACUUGCGUCAGAAGGUAAUGCAUAUACUAACAAUGUGUAUGUUUAGGCAGUCCAUGUCCCAUUAGUGUACAAUAUUCUCAUUGUUUGUUUUAUGUUGAGAACCAAAGACAUAAUCACUUUUAUUAAACCAAAUGAAUUGCAUGGAUAGCUUGCACAUAAUCAAAAUAGAGAUUAUGCAAGAAGUAUCGAAAAUGAAAACAAAAACUGGAUUUGUUUGAAUUCUCUCAUCUGAUAAUUUCUUUCAAAACAAAAUUUGUAGAAAUAUGUUAUCAGCAGAAAAGGUCGUAAUGUAAGGAACAGAAUAUGGAUUGUUCUUCAUCUUGAUUUGUCUCAUAAUUAAAGGAGCAGUAUACCUGAAGAGUUUAUUAACAACACUAUUAUAAGUAUUAUGAGAAACAAAAUAAGCAUCUCGAUGUAUAUAAAAUCAUGUACACAAAAAGAAUUGUUAUGAAUACCUAUUCUUGAAAAAUCAAGUACACUAUUCUUGAUGUAUAUAAAAUAAGCAUCUCGCUGUGGUGAUUGGUCAAGAAUAGGUAUGUAUAUAGACUCAGUUCCUCUGUAAUCUGCGACGUUUCAAAGAUAAAUCAUGUACACAAAAAAAAGAAAGUUUCAUUCACAUUUCACCCCAACAAAAAAAAAAGUUUCAAGUAUCAACGAUUAAAAGCGUUUAAGUACGAACCCGAAUACAAUAUAAGAACUUGAAAACCUUGUCUUGAAGGAUCCAUGAGGGUACACGAAACAUUUUACUCAGUUUCUUCUGCUAAAGCUUAGUAAUAGACAUUUCUAUACCUUUUUCAUCUUCAAGAAGAGUUGCCAUCUUCUUUGUCUGAAGAAUCAGGAGCUAGUUUCUUUGAAGGACUCUACUCUGCUGAGCAGAAGUUGCAUUCAUCAGAACUUCCUCUUCCAGCAACACCCAAAUGAGUAAAUACCUAAUGAUGAUGCUGCUGCUCUUGCAGCAGCGGUGUGAGUAGUGGAGACUGUAGGCAGAAGGAGAACCCGUAAGAAUUUAUGCCACUCCGCUUACCUGGGAGAAAGAAUUUCACAAUAGUCUAGUGUUUUCGUUGCAGAAAAAAAUCACAAGAUUCCAAAAUUAUAUAAGUUACCUACGAACUGUAUUUCUCACCCAAUGCCACAACCUUACGAUCUUCUUCAUGAGCUGUGGUUGAGAGGUUCAAAAUUGGAAAAAAAAGGCAAGCAUUAUUUUUAUAUGAGCGUCUUUCCGAGCUUCAUCCUCCGAUAACUAUCUUGAACUUUUUUAGACAUGAACAUGGCUUGGAUCCGCACUACAGAUCUCUCGAGCGUUUCCUAUACUUGUCACUGACUCGUCUUGCAGAAAUAUUCAUAUGCUUCACCUGGAGGAUGUUCCUCUGCCUGAGCUUGGCUCCCUGGAGUCCUCUAGCAAUAUUAUCUUCUGUCUCCAUUGAUUAUUGCCUUCUCCAACACUCUUACAGACCAAAUGAUCUUCAUGUACUGCCUCCUUGCUUGUAACCCACUAAUAGCAGUCUACAAAAGAGAUGAAAAAGAAACAUGAUUUAACAAACACAUGGGUUGCAAGCUUCGGACAAAACUUAUGACUCAAGUGUGACCCACAUUAAACUAUAUCACGACAUACAUGGAUCACGCGAGAACAGAUAUAGUUCUAAUGGGAGGACACCAUAUAGUUGAUAAUACUGUUCGGUAAGGUCGUGAUGUAAGGAGCAGUAUCUCUUCAGGUUUAUUAACAACACUAUGAUAAGUAUUAUGAGAAACAAACUAAGCAGGCUUUGUUCUUAAACAGCACCAAGCACACUGCUCAAUCAGAAAAGAUAAUAAGGCAUAUGAGGAGACCUAGAGCCGCUCGCAAGAAUAGAAGAAGUGAAUCAUUCUUAGAACUGACGCUUGUUUCUUUUUAAGAAUCUGCAUCAGAUUUCAUAAAAUAAUCAGAGUAGGAUGAAAGCUAAAACCUAAAAAUGUAUCGUCGAACCAUACCAUCAAACGCUUACAAAAUAAUUUCGCAGAGCCUUCUUGGAUCUGAAGUAAAGCCUAAUUGUAUACCAAAUCGAUAAGAAAACUAACCUUUUUUAUAGAUUUAGAUACACCGCCUUGAAGAGGAUAACUCUCAUUCAAUGUCAGAUCGCGCUUGAAGUCGGUCUAUGAAGUUAAUUCGGCUGUUUAGAGCAAUGAAUCAAACCAUCGUGACGGCUCAGAUUUUUAGAACCGUAGACGAAACGACGCCAUGGAAGACACGGUCAGAGCUUCUAAUUUAUGAUUCGUCUAACUCUUCAUCACGAAACACCAUUGUUGCUGAAGAGCUUCAGAGAUCGAUGAAGUAUACGAACCCUAAUUUAAGUUUCAGUUAGAUGAUGAUGAAAGAACGCUACCAGAUCUCAUUUGUGUAACACCGCUUUACAAUUAGAGUAGUCUGAAUUUAAUGAAACGCCGAGUACUGAUUGUUCUGCCACGUGGCGCGUCUAAAAUCACUGACUUUCUGACCUGGAAUCCUAGGUGGCAGCACAGGAGAGACACAAACAUUUUUAUAUAUAUAUAGAUUGUGUAGAAUAAUCAAUUUCUUGUUUAAAGAUUUAUAUUGUAAAUAUAUAAAAAGUUCUAUUCCUGAAUGAAAGGAUGAAUGUUAUUACAAUCAUAUACUCCCUCCGUUCCGAAAUAUAAGAUGUUUAGAAAAAAUUUUAUGUUCCAAUUUAUAAGAUAUUUUCAUCUUUCUAGGUAAUAUUAAGUUUAUCAAAAAUAGUAUAUCCAAUCAAAUUUAAUAGUUCUAUUUUGUAAUUAGUUGAAUAGUUUUUAGUUUAUAAUUUUAAUGAUACUUUUUAGUAAAAAGUAAUUUUCUUAAUAAGUGUAUAUUAUCUAAAACAUAUUAUAUUUAGAAACAGAGAGAGAGUAUCGAAUAGUUACUGGUAUUCCUAUUUCUAUCCCAACACAUGUUUUUUCAUUUAAUACUAUUUCGAAGUAAAAUCAAUUCAACCGUAUACCUUUGCAACAUUUUCCCUCUUUUAUUCUGAUAUAUAUUCAAAACCAGGCUAUGUAAUGAUGUUUACUUUGAUUAAAAUCAUUCUUUUUUUAUAUAACAUUAAAAGCAUUCUAUUGUACAUUGAUUUUAUUACAAAAAAUUAUCACGGUUUUAAACACCAAAAGAGCUAGUCUAAGUUAGUUUUCGAUCAAAAAAUGAGCUAGUCUACCCGUAUUGGAUACCAUUUGAGCAUCUCUAAAAGAUGUUUUUCAACAUGAGCCUUUCGAAUCAAAUCAGUGUGAAUGCACAAACAUAUUAAUGUUAGUUUUAAAUAUUUUGAAAUAAUAACUUACACUAUUUUGGCUUAGUAAAUGUUGAAAAAGUUUAUGAAAUACUCCUUCUUUUUGAAAGUAAGAUGUUUUAGAUUUUUUUCUUUUUCCAUAAAGAUAGAUUUUCUAUAUGUUUAAAGUACUUUUUAUAUUUUUAAGAAAUAUUAAAUGAAAAUAUUUGAAUUGAUUAAAUUUUAUUGGUGAAAAAUUAUUGGAAAGUGUAUAAUAAAUUAAAAGAAAAAUUAAAUUAUAAAUAUUUAUUGAAUUUUUAAUAAGCGUAAACAUUUUAGAAAAUCUUACUUUCUGAAACAAAGGAAGUAUUUUCGAUAAAAGAUGCUCUAACACUUAUUCAACUUUUUGUAGUCAACACCAAAUUUUUUUUUUGAACGACUACAAAAUAAUAGUUAUUUUGUCUAUUGAUGACAAUUUUGUUACACAGUGCACUUCCCUAAUUUUCUUAUAUUAUUAUAAUGACAAACCUUUUUGUGUCAACUUUUAAAAUAUUGAAUUUUUCAUGUUAUGUUCGAGCAUCGACACUUUUCUAGAGAAAACAUAACGUGUCCUUUCCUUUGACCGGAUAAGGUCGUAAGAUAAAAUGUUCCUUACGUCCACGUCUCUGCCUUUGGUCAAAUACGCAAGGCGCUAUCUCCCUCUAUAAAUUUACAUUUUUGCAUGAUUAAGAGUUACAAUCUCAAACACAUCUACAAAUCUUGACACACAUCCAAGAAAGAAGAGAAACGUUUUUUUUUUAAUAUCAUCUCAUCGAGUAUUCUAUCUAUUACAACAUAUGGAAGGAGGCUUGGGAACGAUGUUUAUGAAGGUGGUCUUGUUCGCUCUGGUACAGGGUUUGGUGUAUCUCAUCCUCACUAAGUCAUCGAGGGUUUUCUCCAAAUCAAAACCCUUUAAGAGGGCUUACAGUUUUCGGCCGGCGAGGUCCGUCAGCAUCCGCCGAAUUCUGGCGGCGCUUCAGGAUAUGCCUGCCGGUGGCGAGAUGUCUCCUUCCUCUAAUGGCGCGUCUUCUUCUCUUGCCUCGCCUUCUUUACAAGAUGAUGUAGUACCAACAACUGCUGCAUCAUCAUAAUCACCAUCUUAGAGACAUAUAUAUGAUCAUUAUUUAAAUUUUAUAUUAGAGACAUAUGUCUCUAAUUUGUUAUCCCCUUAUUUUAUUAUUUUUUGGAACAUUUGUUUCGUAUUCUUUUCCAGUUUGAAUGAUUGAUUCGUUAUAUUGAUGUAAAAUUUGUCAGUACUCUAUGUAGAUACAGUAUUAAGCCGUACCAUGUACAUUCCAAAACAAUUUAGUAUGUUUAUAAUUUAGUAUAAUCCUUUAUUGAUAUUAUAGUUCUUUUGGUCGCCAUUGAUAUUAACUUUCCUUUUGCUCGAUUGGAGAAGUAUAUCAUGAUGAAUAUGCUCAAAGGAAAGGUCAACGAAUUAAUCUCAAAAAGGCUAAACACUAAAAGAACUUUACAUUACCACUUUAUCAUACAUGAUAUGUGCGUAAGGCACAAGUUUCUUUACAUUCCAAACAUUUCCACAUGAAAUGGAUAAACGCUAUGAACCGGACAUUGAUAGGAUUAUUGCGUGUCAACUUUACAAAAUCACAAAUCGCAUCAUCAUUCAAUCCCUCCAUGACAAGUUGACAACACAUUAGCAUCAAAUAUCGCUCUACUGCAAGCAAAUGGAAACUGUCCUUUAUAGGUAUAGUCAGAAACUCAAACUUUGCUAGGACCAGAGUAUCCAGGCUCAUAUUUAUCGAAUCAAGCCCAGAUUCUUUAAGCUUUGGUAUCUUUCAACUGACUAAGAGGUUUUAGGCCCAAAGAUCCGUAUAUUCCUCAGGGCAAAAUUUUAACCAUGUUAAAUUAAUUUUUCUUAGAAGAACAUAACUCUCCAAACGGAAAACGAACCUAUGAUCCCUUAUACUCCAACUAAGUGACCCAAAGGAUUCGUACACUAAGUCAACUUCUCAGUUGGCAAAAUUCUUCUCUUCGAUAUCUUUCCUAAAAGUAGGCUAGCCACCGGUCAACCUAAUAUUGGUAACCCAAGAAACAAAAAGACCAGCCAACCUAACAAUCUCAGACUGAGACAGAAACUGAGGCUUAGGAGUAAGCUCCACGCCUUCAGACGGCCUACAUUACUGACACCGAAGGUUGCAUCUUUGACCGUUCUGUCAAAGAUAUCCUCAAGUAGGUAUGUAACCGACCAAACGAAUCAAUCAAUAUGUCUGAGAUAGGGUUGUCAUUUCUCCAAUCAACUCGAGCCGCAUUUCUAUUAAACAAAUGAUCACUGGUCGUAGCAUUGUUUCUUGAUACUGAGCUUGAACCAACCUGGUGAGAAGAUAGCACAAUUUAAGCAUCCAUUAUCUAAAAAAAACACAUAUAUAGCCCAAAAUUUACCAAGAAACAGUUCAAAUUCGUGAAAGCCACUUGCCAGUCAUUGAUUAUGAAAAGGCACAUCCUCAUCGUUGUUAACACUGCAGAGAGACAACUCGAAUGUGAACCAUGAGUCACUUCUUUGGUAGACGGAGAGAGUCUUCUUCUGUAAAACAAGAAAGUUAAGAUUCUUGGUCUAUAGUAAAAGCUAAGGCAUUGAAAAAAUGAAGAUGGUACUAAAAAGCGGAGAGUUUGGCUAAAAAGGAUAAAACUUUUUUGUAUUUUUAGGGACCGGGCGAGACCGGUGACCGGUUACCGGUAAUCAAACCGAUUUUAAUAGAAAAUUAUAUAGAUCAUUCGGCUAGUGUCAUCCGGAUCCGAUAUCUUUGUUACGUGAAAUUUUAUCCCAUGCCUUCACCACUAAUUAUUAUAUUUAUAAAUAAUAAUGAGAGUAUUAUUAUGAAUCAUUUCUCGAUUAUUGACAAAAUAAUAGAAAGCCGACAAAAAAAAACACAACAAACAAUUAAGCACACACAUGUGAAUUCAACAAUAAAAAAAGUUUUUCUUUUUUUCUGGACUGACAAAUAAAAGUGUCACUGAUUUUUUUUCAGUUGCGUGCAACUAUAGCCGCAAAAUUUACUAGCCAUAAAUGAAUUUAAUUCACUGGAAAAAGACAUACCCUUUAAAGAGUAAACUCUAUUUUCUUUUGUCAAGAGUAAACUCUAUUUAAACAAGGGUAUAUAAGAUUAUAAGGUGACUGGCUCUAAGUUGCAAAAAAAAAAAAAAAAAAAAGGUGACUGGCUCUAAUCAUUUUUAAUGUAAAUAUGUUUUUACGUACCGAGUAAAGAUAUGGAUAAAUAGUGUAUGCAUAUUUAGCUUGAUCCAUACUCGUCUCAAUUUUCCUAUGACAUGCUUGACCUAUGAUGUCAGUUUGUAUCGUCUACACCGACAGUCUGACACAUCCAUUGUUACUUAUCCUUCUCUGUUCCACUUUUACUAUGGUUUUGACUGGAUAGCAUUUCUGGCGCAACUAACAUAGCUGAAACAUAGAAAAAAAAACAUAGCUGAAACAUUUAUUACUUUUAUUUAAACUGAGAAAUGGCCAAUCAGGUGAAAUUCAUUUACUCUACAUUAAUUCUGAUUACUAUUUAAACAAAAGAAUCACACACUUAUUAUAACCUCUCACUCUCUUAUUUAUUUAUUUCUUUUCAAUUCCACCUUUUAUAUUUCACUCCAAAAAUUACCAAUGACACUCUAUAUAUGCUGAAUAUAAUUUUCAUUAGGUAUCCUUCAUAAGAAGACAUUGGAUCAAAACUCUUAACUACAAAUAUAAACGAUAUCAGGUUUUGAACACCCUGUCAACAUGUAAGAUCAUUAUAAACCAUUUUUCAUUAGGCAAUCGUUUUCCUGGUUUCAAAGGCUACCAGAUUUUCAUAUUUAAACUAAUUAAUAUAGUGACAUUGAUAUCAGCUUAAAAAGUAAUACUACGAUUAAUCGUUAGUUGAUCAAAGACAAUGGUUCUCUAUUUAUCCCAACUAAUUAAAAAAGUUUGAGCAUUGCAUCUUAUACAUAUAAAUUCAAUUUUAAACCAGGGUGGCUAGUUUGAUGAAUCUUCCACGUAAUAUAUAAAAAUCAAAUUCACAGAAAAUAUAAAUUACAAGCUAUCAUUAUUAAAAGAAGAAAAUGAAGAGUAUGAAAGAAUGGUGAUUGCAUCUUCGUCAUGUUUCACACACUCACUUCACCUAUCAUUAUUAUGCAUUUAUACUAAUGUGCAACUCUUCGGCCGUACACAUGCUAAGCUUCACGGCUCGUGGUCCACUUUAAUAACGUUGUAUUAAAUUUCGUCCAUUGAUAGGUUAGCCAAUUUUAGUAUAAGUUCUAAAGGUUUUCUAUCAGUUCACUGUGCCAAAAUCUAAAAGCAACUUAACAUUUAUACCAAAAAAAAAAAAAAAUCUAAAAGCAAAUACAACCAACAA